AUGGCUGAAGUAUUUACAGCUUUUCCUACCGCUAUUUUUAAUGAGAAUGCUCGAAUUCAAAUGAUUUCUGGUGACAAUUAUACUGAAUGGAAGGAGAAAGUCCUUCUCACUUUAGGGUGCUUGGAUCUAGACAUGUCACUCCGUGUGGAUAAACCACCUAUUCCCACAGAAUCAAGUACUCCAACUGCUAAGGCUAACUAUGAGCGAUCACAUAAGCCAAGCAUUAGGGGUUCUAUCCCUAACAGCGAUAAGGUCAAAGCUUACAUGAAGGCAAUUGAUGAACAAUUUGUAAGCUCUGACAAGGCAUUGGCUAGCACCCUUAUGAAGAGGCUCUCAAGUAUGACUUUCGACAGAAGUCGUAUAGUGUGUGAGCACAUUAUGGAGAUGAGAGACAUUCCUGCUAAACUCAAGUCCCUUGAGGUGGAUAUGUCUGAACCAUUUCUUGUGCAUUUCAUUCUCAACUCCCUUCCUGCGGAAUAUGGUCCGUUCAAGAUUUCUUACAACACGCAUAAGGAUAAAUGGUAA